CGCUCCCAGCCCAGCCUGUCACUGCCACGGCGCCGCGGCGCGAGCAUGGCGCGAGGGGGGACCGUGCCCGGCCGAGCCCCGCGCCCCGCGCCCCUGCCCCUGCCCCUGCCCCUGCUCCUGCUGCUGCUCCUGCUGGCGCUGCUCGGCGCCUGCUGCGCGCUGCGCUCCCCGGAGCCCGGCGGGGCGGCGCGGGGCGGGGAGCGGCGCGGGGCGGGGGGCAGCGCGCGGGCUCCGGCCGCCGGAGCAGGGCGGGCGGCGGCUGCGGCGAGGAGCGGCCGGCGCGCCAGGGGAGCAUCCCCUCCCGCGGCGGCGGCGGCGGCGGCGGGCCGGGAGCAGGUCUCGCUGCUCAGCACCUCCUUCGUGCUCAAGGGGGACGCGUCGCACAACCAGGCGAUGGUGCACUGGACGGGCGAGAACAGCAGCGUGAUUCUCAUCCUUACCAAGUAUUACCAUACUGACAUGGGGAAAGUGUUGGAGAGCUCUUUGUGGAGGUCAUCAGAUUUUGGGACAUUAUAUACAAAGCUGAAUUUGCAGCCUGGGAUUGCUACAGUCAUUGACAAUUUCUAUAUCUGUCCCACCAACAAAAAAAAGAUAAUCCUUGUAAGCUCAUCGCAUAAUGACCGGGACCAAAGCCUAUUCAUAAGCAUGGAUGAAGGAGCCACAUUUCAAAAACAGCCGAUUACUUUCUUUGUGGAAACCCUCCUUUUUCACCCAAAAGAAGAAGACAAGGUGCUUGCUUAUACCAAGGAAGGCAAGCUCUCUGUAUCUACUGACUUGGGGAAAAAAUGGACCCUUCUACAGGAACGAGUGUCAAAAGACCAUAUCUUUUGGGCUGUUGCUGGAGUUGAUGGAGAUCCUGAUUUGGUUCAUAUGGAAAUUCAGGACCCCAGUGGAGGUUAUUGUUAUAUCGCCUGUCAAAUUCAGAAUUGUUCUGAUAAAACAAUGACAGUCCUGUUUACUGGCAGCAUUGACCGGGAUUCCCUGACUGUGCAGGAUGACUACAUAUUCCUUCAGACAACAUCAGCCAAUCGGACAAAAUAUUAUGUAUCUUACCGUCGUAAUAGCUUUGUACAGAUGAAACUGCCAAAAUAUGCAUUGCCAAAGGAUUUACAGAUUAUCAGUACUGAUGAAAACCAAGUGUUUGUGGCUGUUCAGGAAUGGUACCAGACAGACACCUAUAACUUAUACCAGUCUGAUCCACAGGGUGUGUACUACUCUAUUUUACUAGAGAAUGUCAGGAGCACUAAACAGCCAGAAGAGAAUGUCCUGAUAGAUAUUUUGGAGGUCAGAGGUGUUAAAGGAGUGUUUUUGGCUAAUCAGAAAAUUGAUGGAAAAGUGACAACUCUGAUAAGCUAUAACAAAGGCCGUGACUGGGACUAUCUGAAACCUCCAAUCACUGAUAUGAAUGGUAAACCAACCAACUGCAAACCUCCUGACUGCCAUCUUCACCUCCAUCUCCGCUGGGCAGACAAUCCAUAUGUGUCAGGAACAGUCCAUACCAAGGAUACUGCACCAGGGCUCAUAAUGGGCGCAGGUAAUCUGGGUUCCCAGCUGGUUGAGUAUAAAGAAGAAAUGUACAUAACAUCUGAUUGCGGGAAUACCUGGCGCCAGGUUUUUGAAGAAGAACAUCAUAUCUUGUAUCUGGACCAUGGUGGAGUUAUUGUGGCCAUCAAAGACACUUCUAUCCCUCUGAAAAUACUCAAAUUCAGCAUUGAUGAGGGCCAGACAUGGAGUACACAUAAUUUUACCAGCACUUCAGUUUUUGUAGAUGGACUACUCAGUGAACCUGGAGAUGAGACAUUAGUCAUGACAGUUUUUGGACACAUCAGUUAUCGUUCUGAUUGGGAACUGGUGAAAGUAGACUUCAGACCUUCUUUCCCAAGGCAGUGCACUGAAGAUGACUAUGAAUCUUGGGACCUCACAAAUCUUCAGGGGGACCAUUGCAUCAUGGGUCAACAAAGAAGCUUUCGGAAGAGGAAAAUUUCAUCAUGGUGCAUUAAAGGAAGAAGUUUCACGUCAGCUCUCACAUCCAAAGUUUGCGAGUGUGUGAACUCUGACUUCUUAUGUGAUUAUGGAUUUGAGCGUUCAGCACCUGUGAAGUCAGAAUCCAGCAAGUGCUUUGCUGACUUUUGGUUUAAUCCAGAAUCCCCUCCUGAAGACUGCGUAUUAGGACAGGCAUACACAAGCAGCACUGGGUACAGGAAAGUGGUGUCUAAUGUGUGUGAAGGUGGUGUUGAUUUGCAACAGAAUCUAGCCCAGCAUAUGUGUCCACUGAUUGCUCCCAAAGGGUUACAGAUUAGCAUCAAAGGAGAAAGCCUGGCUGUUAAGCCUGGAGAAGACAUCACCUUCAUUGUCAGACAAGAGCAGGGAGAUGUUCUAAAUACUAAGUACCAGGUGGAUCUUGGAGAUGGAUUUAAGGCAAUAUAUGUGAAUCUCACUAUGACUGGUGAACCUAUCCGCCAUCGUUAUGAGAACCCUGGGAUAUACCGUGUCUCAGUCAAGGCUGAGAAUGUGGCUGGGCAUGAUGAGGCUGUGGUGUUUGUUCAAGUGAACGCUCUACUGCAGGCUUUACAUCUAGAAGUGGUUCCCGUCAUUGGGAGAAACCAGGAGGUGAAUCUGACAGCCAUCAUAUUGCCCAAGAACCCUAAUUUGACAGUCUUCUACUGGUGGAUAGGAAACAAUCUUCAGCCGUUUCUUACUUUGGAGAGUUUUUUAAUGACCAAAUUUGCUGAGACAGGUGAGGUUAGAGUUACAGUGCAAGCCUCCUGUGGUAACUCCAUGCUUCAAGAUUCAAAGGUUGUCCAAGUUUUUGAUCAUUUUCAUGUUCUUUCUCUAAAGUUUACUAAACAUCUGGACAUGUACAACCCCAACAUACCAGAGUGGAGGGAAGACAUAGGUCGGGUAGUGACACGACUUCUUGCAAAGGAAACCAAUAUACCAGAAGAAAGUCUUGUAACUGUGGUGAAACCUGGCCUGCCCACAACUGCUGACUUGCAUGUGCUUCUACCAGCAAACCAACCAAAACGGAAGAGAAGUGUAACUAGUGAUAAGAGAAUAGCUGCUAUAAAACAAGCCUUGAAUGCACACAACAUCAGUUUCUUCCUGAGAGGGGGAUAUUGGGUCUUAGUGACUUUAGAUGACUCCGAUGCAGAUUCUCAGAGGAUUGGAGGAGGUGGUGGAUACUGGGCUAUCGUAGUUCUCUUUGUUAUCUGUCUCGUUGUAGUUGGUGCUUUCAUCCUGUACAAAUUUAAAAGGAAACUGCCAGGCAGAAAUGUCUAUGCCCAAAUGCACAAUGAAAAAGAACAGGAGAUGACCAGCCCUGUUAAUCACAGUGAGGACACUCAGAACAUCAUCCAGGGUGAGGAGUUUAUUGAUGAUGAUAUGGACUCUCAAACACUAGGUAACGCAAGAGUGACUCCUUCUGGGAGAGGUGGCAACUUGAACAGCUACAGAGUUCCCUUAUUGCUGAUGCCGGUCAGUGUCCAGUCCCAGGCAAUCACUCAGGCGUGGUUUUGAGCAUUAACUCCAGAGAGAUGCACAGUUACCUGGUUAGCUGAUAUUUGCAGCUGAAUACAAAAACCGAAAGACUCUUUUCUGUAUCUUUUUAUUUUUCCCUGGGGAAGUCACAGAAUUGCAAGCAUGGCUGUAAACACUGGUGAAGAGAAGGAUCCUAAACAGUCCUGUGGAAGCAAGUGUCCAUCAUCUGUUACCACGGAGAAGGAUAAUAUAUCUUGUGUUCAUACAAUAGACUGGGAACUUAUUACAAUUCAAACUCAAACUAAGGUAGCAGAUUUGUAGCCCUAGGCGCACUCUAUGCCAUAUUUUCUCUUUCCUGUACAUGUUCUAGUUCUUUGUGUUCAUUUUUAGGAUUGACCUUAACUCUUUUUAUUGAGGUAUUCAGUAGAAGAUGGGGAUUCUUCAGUCCUGAAGAGCUGACUUUAAAAUCCAGUGACUAGCACAAAGCAAAUGGCUGGUUGAAUGCUCCAUAUUUUUACUUGGUUAAAAAGCUGUGACUUCCUGGUCUGGUUCUGUACUCAGAGAAGAAUGAGCAAGGAGACAGAUAGUCUCCCUAGCUCCUCCUCAGUCUUAUCUCCUAACUUCCAAAUGUGAGAGACAAUCUAAUGAGCUUCUGCUCACUGGUUGAGGCCCUGCUAUAGACUGAAGAGGUAAUGUCUUAGGACCUGUUGCUCUUGUAAAUGUAAUGAGCCUUGAUAAAUCCUCAGCCCCAUGUCUAUCUCUUAUGGUCAUCACCAAGAGAAAGGAAAAAAGUGCCAGCUUGAUGCUACUUCCAGACCAGGUGCCUUCACUUCCAGACACUGGUUUAAGUUGCUCCUUCAUUGUCUUUAACUGAGCACCUCCAGAAUAGCAGUUGCAAGACUGGUUAUUAUAUAAUAAACAGUGCUGACUCCCCUUUUCCUGUUUUUAAAACCCCAGACAGUGUAAAUACCUCUUUUAAGUAUCUCUUUUAUAUCUUUUUUUUAACUUUCUAUCUUUAGGACAGAGCCCCCAGGUGUAUAAGAAUUCCCCCCCUAACAAGACUGUGUAGCACACUAGUCCUACAGACACUUGGAGUUUCCCUUUGUAUUCGGUCCCUGCCUUCAAUGAAGGGAUAGGAAGACUCUCAACUGAACUUCACCACCUUUCUUGUGUGUGACAAUCAGGAAGGAUCAUAGGAGGGAUCCAGUGUGGUUUAAGGGGCUGCACUUCUUUUCUCUUACCACAGGGUGUCAUUCUUUCACCCUUAUCAUUGACUUGGCCAUAUUUCUACAGGAAAGGGCAAUGGACAGCUCAAAGGAGCAGAUUUCAGAAAGGCAAGUGGGGUGAGUUGAGAGUUUUCUUAUCCCAUCCUUGUUUCCCUAGGGGAGGGAAAGUCCGAUAAAUCCACAUCUUGCUGGUUGUUUGUAUGUGUUUUUAUGGAUUCUUGUAGGAAAUGGAUCACAACGUGAUAUAUUAAAAUUUUUGGUACCCCAUGCAUCAUAGCUGCCUGAAAUUAGGGCAGUCCCUCAGAAACCUAUCAAAUCUCUUCACCUUUUGUCUUCAGUAGGGGGGUGACUAGCUCUUUGCUCACUGAAUGCCAUGCUGAUGCUUACAGCUAUGUGAAAAUACCACCUUCCUUAAAAAAAGAUAUAGAUAACUACUUUCUACUGAAUAAACAAACAGCAGAUAGGGACUGCUGGUGAGACAGGAUGGUACUAUCUACAAAUUCUCCAAUCUAUUAGGUCACUUAUCCAUGUGUCCAUGAAAUUAAUGAUAUCAUGGAAUACGUUUCCAUCAGAAACAACAUGCUAGCAAUAUGGUACUAGAGAUUCUCACAUGCCUACAAACCUGUGUGUAAAGCACAAAAAAAAUCUGGUUUCGGAGCUACCUGUAUUAGACCACGAAGGUGCGACUGCCUGAAAAUAAAUACAAACUGCUCAGGAAAAUUUCUGUUAUCAUCUCAGAAAAUUCUUUGGCUCUAAGAGGCCCGACAAACUAACCCACACAGAAGCACGCAACACUUAAAUUGAUCCACGUAAUACAUAGGACUAGGUACAAUCCUGACAGAGUCUGGAUUUUCUGCAAAGAAGUGCCAGUGGAAAACGCAUUAUGCUUGGAAAGCCUUUGGGAUUGUUGCACCAAAGGCGUAAAUUACCCACCUUCUCCUUAUGCUUUUUUGAGGAAAUGGACUAGAAAUAAUCCUGUAACGAUACAAACAAUGUAACCUUUUUCUGGCUAAGUGAGUGCAAAGCAGCUGGUUGUGCAGUCUGGGAAGCAGAAGACUCGCUUUUUUGAAGAACAUAGAGCAGAGGUGUAAUGGGGCAAUGCUGCACCUGUGGCAGCAGCUGCACAGCUGGCCAGAAACGUUGGCAGCUUUUAUUUCUACAUUUCUUCCCAGUAUGAGUUAGCAUUCAGGGCUGCUGCCUCAGUUACCCCGCUUAAUUUUGCUACCGAUGUAGAGAACAGAAAUUCUGCCUUAAGGACUUUUUUGCUGAUCUCAGCUAGCUGGCUAAGGGAACUGUAUGGACUAGUUCACAUACGCUAAUUUCAUGCCUUGGCAACUAUUUUUCUACAUUUGCAACAGUUUUAUUCAUCUCUGGUGGCAGAAAACAUCUGUUGUACAGUAGAAUACUCAACUCUUGCAGAAGACUCUGCAAGUUAUGAUUUUAAUCCUUAAAAUGUAAAAAGUGUUUGUAAUCCCAAAAGCAUUUUUCAAAAAUUAAUAUAAUUCUGGCAAUGUGCCUGUGGAGGUUGGUUUGAUGCGGCUUAUGAAUAUGGCAAAAUGCUUUUCUGAGGAACCAUCAGUAUUGUCAUAUUUGUAUUGAUGAUAACCACUAGAUAAUAAAACAAGUCUUUUGAUUUAUUGGCAAGAAUUCCUUUAUACUGGAAUUAUUUUAAAACUGAAAAGAUGUCAUUCCCAAGCCAUGUGUGUUUAUUUUUAAAUGAAAAUUCAUACUGGUAGUAGCUUUGCUGUUUAACUCUGUCCCUGCCAUCUUUUACAUGUGUUUGUAUAUGUGCAGGCAGGCAGGUACACACAAAUAUAUACACCUGUGUUAUGUGCAUACACAUCUUUAUCUAUGCACACAGGCACCCACACAAGUAAUCUCUGUCUAUAUAUACUCAUAUUCAAUUAAUUAGUUAGAAAGGAUGAUCUUAUGGCUAAGACAUGAGAGAGAGAACUUAGGUACUGUGGGAAUUAGGUAUUCUUGCUUGUGAGACAGUCUUUAAGUGCGACUUUGGGCUACUCACUUAACCUACAUGUGCCUCGGUUUCCCCACCUGUAAAUGGGGAUGAUAAUACCUACCUCACAUGGAUAUUGUGAGGCUAAAUUUCUUAAUGUUUAUUCAAGACUUUCUGAAUGAAAGAUCUUUCUGAGUACAAAGUAUUAAUAUUUCAUUAUUCCUUUUAAUCAUCAUUAUUACUACUAUUAUUAAAUGUAACAUUUAAAAGCCACCAUAGUUAUGUGCAAAUGAAGAAAUCCAUAUUCUGCGCAAGGUAAAAGUGUUAAAGAGCAAAAAUGUAAUAUGAGUCAAAGACUGUUUAUGGAACAGAUAAUUAUUAUGUCAUGGCUUUGCGACAUUGGCACUAACUUUGCUGAUCUGCAUGCUAAUCUUUUACAUUGCUUUGCAUUCCCUAGUAUUAUUGGGCUGACAUCAGGAAAGCCGUAUUAUAAGACUAUCUCAGCCACAUUAAUAGCAGUGCCAAUACUGGACUUGUAUAGUAAAAACUGAAGCAGAAAACUUGCAGUGUAUUGACCUCAUUCCCACAUUCUGGCCUUCCUAAAAAGUCAGGUGUCUGAAGCUGAGGCAGGUCUGUCAGAUUAGAUACCCUAUCUAUACUAUGAGGAGGAACUUUUUGGGCUGAUUUCAGACACUGGCAUUUCAUUUUCCAAAUGCAGCCUUGAGAAAGUAUUGCAGUAUACACAUGAAUAUGGAGAAGAGGGUAGCGAGGCCCCCAUGCACUGCAUAAAUUAAUUUCUCAAAACGGCAAGCUGUAACUUCCCAGGCGUGCAUGUUAUCCUGAUGUCACGUAAGUCAUCGUUGCUGUUCUGAGUAGUCACAUUUACUAGUACGCAGUGGGCAUAAAAUGCUGCUACAGCAAUUGAUGAGUAAUAUUUUACUCUUCAAAUAGUUCUCACAGCAGGCAAGCUAUUUCUCUUGAAAAAAAAUCACACCACAGUCAAUGGGAAAGUGCUUGAAGAGUAAGAUACUGCUCAAGCACAGCCUGUCCCUAAUAAUAUGUUUAAUACAGUAGAACCCAGGUGGUCAGUAGAGUUCGGUUCCUGAGCCCCUCGUGAAGAUGAGGCUUUGUCAGGGGUUAUAUAGAGAUGUGCCAAAUAAAGUUGUGGGACUACUGAGGUUGCUCCAGUUGAUUGCUGCAGCUUUUGUUUAGGGGUCGCUCUUCCUCUGAUCCACUGCACAGCACCAGAGCUGCGCUCCAGCUGAGUGGAGAAGUACCUUCUCAAGUAAAACUCACAGCAAGCAACUUCACAGCCCCUCCUUUCCUUGGCAUCCUGCUACAAAUUAAGCAGGUUGCAAACCACCUAGAUAGGAAUGAUUUGAGUUCUGCUACCGCUAUGUACAAAGUCAGCUGGCAAUAUUAGAUUCAAGGGCAACAAAAACAUACUUAGGGUUACAUUAUGACACCUAUAUUCAUAAUGGGCACAUCUACACAUCAAUUUACAUUGCAUUAAAUGUAGGCAUAUUUAAGCAGAAAUAGGCCAGCAUCUACACAUGCAGGCAUUAAAGCGCAUUAAUGCUGUGUGUGGUCUGACUUGGGACUAAAGUUAGUCCCAUGUCAGUCCACAUGCAGUGUUACUGCAGGGUAACUAACUGGGCAUAAAUGUGAUUACCUGCAUGAUGCAGGUAUCAAAUUUACGCCCAAGUCUGCAUAGGUCACAAUAGUUACCGCGCAGUAUAGGCAUGCCCACACUGUGCAGUAAUUUAGGUUACUGCACAGUAAAUAUGCAUGUGUAGAUGCGCCCAAUGGGUGGGAAUUUACUCCAUGAUUAACUGUGUUUGCUGGUAGCACUCACGGAGCAAAGAAUAAAAUGUGUCAGCAUAUGGCACUAAAAUAGUAGGCUCUGGUUUCAGGUAAGAUUUUUCCUCUGAUGCUCAUUCUCGUCUAUGUUCUUCAGUCCACACCAUGGCACUUGUGUUGAAGUGCACCUUACUAGAGUCAUUGGAUUUCAGUAGCACUUCUUGGGAUGAGGCAUGAUUUAAUGUGAAUAAGUGAAUAGUUUUAUAGUUACUGCUGAUUGCUUAGGCGUAGCCAAACCAGUGGUUCCCCAUUGCUCACUAGGUGGUGGUCAAUGGCGAUGCGAGUGCUGGUGUACCCCCUCACAGCCAGCACUCCCUGGUUAGGUGACAGGCAGGGGGGGCAGGUGGGAGCACUGGUGCCCCCCCCGCAAGUGCCGGCCAGGGAGUGGGGGCACCAGGAGAGGUGCUGUUGGCACCCCAGUCAGCGUGAUCAGCUGCGGGGCUACCCCCCUCCCCACAGUCAGCAAGACUGGCCACAGGGAGACCCACCCCUCGGUCAAAGAGAUCAGCCACGGGGGAACCCCCCCACUCUCCUCCCAGUUGGUGAGAUUGGCCAUGACUGAUGACUCAGGAGGCACCAGUUGCCAAUGAUGGUGGUACAAGAAUAAGCCUACCCUAAAUUGAUGCCAGACUUAUUCAGCUUCUUGGCGUGAGAAAAUGAUGUGUCAGUGAUAUAUUACUCUAGUGGUUUCCAUUCUCUUUUUUGUCUUGUAUGUGAAGAAAUAAUAUUGUUUCUCCAGGUGUAAGAAAUAUAUUCUUUUUUUUUUUUUUUGCAGUGUCUUCUUGAUGAUGUUUGUUCUAGGUGUGUUUUGAAUUUUUAAUGUAAUCUGUUGGCUACUUUGAUUUGCAUCAUAGAUUUUCUAUUGUUCCCAUUUUUAUUUCCUUGAAAAUUUAGGGGUUUUUUGUGGGGGUGGGGGAGAAUGGAAGUUAUUAUUUCAUGUCAUAAUGAUAGGCAUUUGGAAUCUUUUUAGUAUAUUAGUACUAUGUGGAAGUCCCCAUUUCUUCUUAUCUCUAAGAAAGUUUAGAAAAAAAUAAAAACUGUACAAUAGUCCUAGAAUAGUGAUUGUGGGAUGGAGAGAUAUUUUAAGCGUUUAACUUACAAGCACUGAAUGCUGAGAUGGAGAGGGCCUGUCAAAGAAUCUGAUUCUUCAAAUUGUAACCAUCUUCCCAUUUAAUUUUCUCUGAUACAAAGGAAUACGACUUCCCUAUCUUUUCUUUUGAUAUUAUGAUAUAGUCUAAGAUGGCUCAUCUAUGAAAAUAUGUAUAUAACUUCCUGGAGCAGACUAUUGCAGUUUCUGAAAGAAGUUCUGGUAUGUGCCUAGGGGAUUUUUAAUUGAAUUAAUUCUACAUGAUUAUGUUCCUUUUUUUUUCUUUCAAUAUAUUUACAAUUAACACCAUACCAUGAUAAGUAAUAUGCCUUUAUUCCUAACAUUUAUGUUCUUCAUAUAUUUUAGACUCUUAUUAUGUAGCCACUUAAAGGGCCAAACCUCAAAGGAGCUCAGGCCCACAACUGGCAUGAGCAGUUAAAACCCUGGUCCCAUAGUCUUUAAAAAAAUGUCCUGUUCUGCAUACUUUGGUUAUUAACCGAGUAUAAAAUAGCUCCUACCAGUCUGAUUGAUCCAAAGAGUGGCUUCCUCCUUAGAAAACUGUUUUAUUUUUCAUCUGUCUCUUGGCUAGAGCAUAUGAUGUUGUAUGUACCAGAAGGUAAGCAAAAGUCUUUGCUUUGAGAAGCUAAAAGGAGUUUCUUUCAUUUAUGUAUUUUCUAUUGAAUCUGACAAUUAUAUGAGUUACUUUUGUGUUUUUGAGAAUGAGUGGUCUUCUGGUCUCAUUUCUCAAAGCCUUUAUAUCCCUCACUUCUUCCAAGCUCUUAAAUAGAGAAACAAAUCUUCAACUUUCGUCAGUCAUUGGUUGGCCUUUUGUAACCUCAUUCAAAGCCUCAUGUCAAGCGUUACUGAUCCACAAGUUUGUGCUGGCAUCUGUGCUGACAGCCAUGCUGACCUUCAGACAGAGUGUAUUACAGAGCAUCAUAUAACUUAAUGUGGUAGCCUGCAAGAUGGUGGUACUGAAUAUGCAAGCUCUUGGGCUUUGUGUAUUUGAUAGUUGAAACAAAAAUAUAUCAAACACAAAGCUGUUACAGAUUAUUUUCAAAUUAAUUUCUAUUCUUUCAAUAAUAUAUUUUUUCUGUCUCUGUCCCUCUUUAUGAAAAUACAAGUGACAUUUAUUAACACUAACAGAAAUAGUGAAGACUUUAUUUUGCACAGACAAUUCUAACUAUGAUUUCCUCACAGCACUUGAAAACAUUAACUACAUUUGAGCUUUAUUGAUCGUACUUGGUUUCAGUGGCUCUGCACAAUUUAUAUCACCCCACUAUGAUAGUUUAUUGCAAUACAAUGGGUCUAAAACCUUGCCAAGUAGAGAUAAUGCAUACAGCAAUCUACAACAUUAAAUAAUAUGCCUUUAUAGUUUAUUUUCUUAGUACUAUAAUGGGGAUAUUAGUCUUUUGUGAGACCAGGCAUUUAAAAAAAAAUCUAUCUGAUGAAAAUGGAUUUUUUAUUCUUAUUUUUGUGGUGCUAAUAUUAGGCUAAAUUCUACAUUUCACUUUUUUUCCUCGGCUCCUGCUGACAUCAACAGCAUUUGCUCUUGCACAUCAAAGGGUAACAUUUGGCCUAUAAAUAAGUUGUAUUCCAUAAAUAAGUUGUACCAUUUCAUGCCUCUUGCUUCUUAUUCACUUAGACACAAUUUAGUACUAAUUGUUUACAGUGAUUUCAGAGUUGCUUCUUCACUGAAUGGAUGCAUGCGGGAAAACAACAGCUUUAUACACUGGUGGCCAACAGUCAGGUCAUGGAUUACAGAAGAAGUAGGCAGGGCUACCUAAGAGGUGACAUUUACAUACUGAAAUUCACUAAUAUGCACACACCAGUUUCAGGGCCAUAAAGCUACAGUGUAAGGCUAAGCUUUCAUACGGUGCAAUUCCCUAAUAACUCACUAGGAGUUAGUGAGGCACAAAGCAAUGCUGUCUAGAGAUACUCAAACUAGCUGAGAAACAGAAUAUGUUAGCCAGGAAAAAAUAACACACUACUGUAGCUGCACUGCUUCUGGUUACUUGAAUUAGCAAUGUAGGCAUAGUUAAAGUGUUCCCAUUUCAGCAAAUGGAAGUGCAGUGUUUAUGCACAUAGAAACCUUGCUAAAAUUCUCAUUGAAAUUUUUUCAUUGUGUAUCACCGAAAGUCCCAGCAAAGGCAUGUUUCAGCCCAUGAUAAAUCACUAUUAAAAAGAAAUAGUAGAGAAUGAAGGUGAGAUGCAGCUAGUUCUUUUCCUUGAGUUAUCCUGGAGUCCAGCUAUGAUUGGCUCAAUAAAAAUAGGUGUCUUGACCUAAUCCCUAGUGGCUAUAAUAAAAAUCACAUUAAAGUUUAGCUAACUUUUUCUGUUUCCUCUCCAUUUGCACAGCUUGGAGGAUCCUGCAUGGUUCCAAGACUUUGUAUGGGGUGUUGUGAGAUGAUUGAGGUCUCCUCAAUAUGCCCCACUCUGUCCUGGCUCACUGCUCCAGGCCUUUAGCUACUCUGAUCAACUCGCCCCCUGCACCUUGGGGAAAACGGAAAAGAAUGAGGGUACAUUUAAGGAACAGGGUGCAGAGAAUUAUAGAAGUAGGGUCGGAAGGGACCUUGUAGAUCUUCAGGUCCGACCCCCUGCCUGGGCAGGAAGAAAACUGGGCUCAAAUGACCCCAGCCAGGUAGGCAUCAAGCCGCUUCUUAAAGACCCCCAGGGUAGGAGCCAGCACCACUUCCCUUGGAAGUUGGUUCCAGAUCCUAGUCGCCCUAACUGUGAAGUAGUUCUUACGGAUGUCUAAUCUAAACCUACUCUCCAACAACUUGUGACCGUUAUUCCUUGUUAUCCCGGGGGGUGCUAGGGGAAACAAGGUCUCCCCCAAACCCUUCUGGUCCCCCCUAGUGAGUUUAUAGACAGUCACCAGAUCCCCCCUCAGCCUUCUCUUGUGAAGGCUGAACAGGUUCAGGUCCCAUAGCCUCUCAUUGUAGGGUCUGCCCUGCUGUGCCCAGAUCAUGCAGGUGGCCCUCCUCUGGACCCUCUCAAUGUUGUCCACAUCCCUCUUGAAGUGGGGUGCCCAGAACUGGACACAGUACUCCAGCUGCGGCCUGACCAGUGUCACGUAGAGGGGAGGAUCACCUCCUUGGACCUACUUGAGAUGCACCUGUGGAUGCACAAUAAGGUCCAGUUAGCCCUGCCGACCGUGACCUCGCAUUGUUGGCCCAUGUUCAUCUUGGAGUCAAUGAUGACUCUAAGAUCCCUUUCUGCCUCCGUGCUCUCAAGAAGGGAGUUUCCCAUCUUAUAAGUGUGCUGCUGGUUACUACUGCCCAAGUGCAGCGCCCUGCACUUGUCUGUAUUGAAACGCAUCCUGUUUUUGUUAGCCCACCCCUGCAACCUAUCCAGGUCUUUCCUCCCUGCUAACAUGCCCACCUCACCCCAAAUUUUGGAUAAUAACUGGUUCAACAACAGUAAUAGGUUCACAAUGUACUGAGACAGCUGUUAGGGAAAUUAUGUUAUCUCUUUCCCAACCAAGUCCUUAGCUUUCACUACACUUAAGUUCUCUUUUUCUCUGGUUCUCUAAUCAUAUCAGUUCCUUGCUUUAGUCUUUCCUGUGACUUCCCUUCUCAUUCAGCUUCAUUCUUUAAUUCCACCUUCAGCGAUCUGUAAACUAUUGCUUCUGUCUUCAGCUUGACAUCUACUAUACUCUCCCCUCCUCCCCUUCUGAAUAAUGUAUGUCUCAGUUCCGGGUGUAUUAUAUUUUGGCAGCUUUCUGCAGGUUUUGCUUCUAGCAGUGUCUUGUUCACCCUACCUCCUACAGCUGAGGAGUGUCUCCCUAUUCCUUUACACUGAGCAGUUUCAUCCUGUUCCUUUAAAACCUUCCUGAAAAUGUACUUAUUGUCACCAAGUUCCCACACUUGCUUUACCUUACUUGAGAGUCUGGCCAUUCACAUCACAUUAUGAAAUAAUAAAUAAUAUACUAAAAGAAACGUUGAGAUGAAGUCCCCAAGCCUGACUUACCUGCUGUCACUAGUUUUCUAGUUUUUGUGUAGCCUUCCUUCUAUCUUCUGAGACUCUAAACUCUUCAAGGCCAUGUACCUGCAUGCACUUAAUACAUGGAGCCAUUCUCUAAGCGCUUUGCUUCAUUUUGUCAAGCUUUUUAAUAUAAAUUUUAUUUUCCUCUCUCUCUCUCCUCCAUUACUUUCUCUCUUUUAUCUUUUCCUUCUGUUCCUAUUUUUAUGUUCACUGUUGCCAGUUUGCCCUACCUGCCUGUCCAUCUUCUGGUGUCUGUAUCUCUACAAGGAACCAUUCUUUCUGCCAUCUCUUGUUUUGUAUCCCAUUGCAUCACCGGCUAGGUUCUGACAAGUGACAUCUGAUAUAGCAUCAGAGCCUCUCUGGAGAUGAUACUGUUGAUGUACUAUUCAUCCCUCUUCAGUCCACUGAAUGUUCUCAGCAAUUCAGCGAACUGUGGGACUGAUGUGGAGGGGGCCAGGUGAGUGUAGGGGGAAACCUCACCGCUGGGACAUGGAGAUGCAUCUGGCAGAAUCAGGUGGGUGGAAGUGCCUAGAGAAAUUGAAAGCAUCCAGGGAUUUGAAGGAACUUGAGAGCAGCUGUGGAGGGCUGGUUUUACAAAGAGAAUGCAUGUAAGGCAGUGUAGGGGGUAGCUGUUGGAGGAAAGGGAAAAGGGAUUGUGGGGGGAGCUUAGGGCAGCCUGAGCAGGGGUGUGGGCAGAAAAGGCUCCGAAGGGGUUCAGGGAGGACAGCAGAGGAACGGCAUGGCAGUAUUUCUAGAUUUUUAUGAUAUCAUUCUUAAAGUCCUAGGACCUAGUAUUAGCUUGUUCCCUGCUAUUCUGUUUUCUAGCCCUCAUGAGAAAAGAGUUUGAAAAUGUUCCAUGCCAGGAGGCAAAGCCACAGUACCCACAAUUUCUGAUUUUUAAAAAUGCUUGUGACUUUGGGGGGACCCACUUAGUAAGUUUUGAACACCUGGGAUGUGAGCUCCCCAUGGCUGGGACAGAGAGGGCUCUGCUUGAGUAGCUUCUCAUGCUGUGCUCUUUGAGUCCCUUUAAGUGAGCCAGUGGUGCUGCUUCUACCUGCCUCAUAUGCUGCCCAGAUGUUAGCAAGGUGUCAGUCUCUGUUCUCAGUGACACAGCGCCCGUGCAUGGUCGCAGAGAAUUACUUGAAGGGAGACUUGGUAUGUGCAUGUGAUUCCAUGAAACUGGCAGGAAUGAGGGGCACGGUCAUUCCCAGUGCAUGAAACAAUCCUUUGUAACCCGUGUCAUAAAAGGGCAGCGCUGAGAGACAUAACACUUGGUUUUCAUAUAAGGUAAGUGUCUGGAAACCAUGUUAAUGUUUGCUGAUGAUGCUGUUCAUUAGCUCUGGUCCUGGACCAGGAAGAAAGGGAGGAGUCAGGAAACUGGUAUUUGGAGCAAGUUCUCUAGGGUUUAUGAUGCUGGAGCAUCUGUAACUGGCAGUGGGGAUGAAGACUCGGUGUGGGACACACUUGCUGCAGAGCAGGAGUAGGCUGCAAGUCUGGGAAAGAGAUCCAUGAAAGGCAAAGUGUGCUUGGGAUAUCUCCUCUUGAUCAUGGUGGUCUCCUGCAAGUUUCAUGGAACCACCAAACUGGGCUGAUAGCACAAAAUAGGAGCAGCUCAUUAACUUAACAUUUGAGCUGAGGCACAAUAUGAGCAAUAUGGUAGGAAUACCCUAUGGUAGAGCUGAGGAUGAAGUUAAAGAGAUCUGGGAGGAAGCCUGCAGUGUUUGUCUAUAUUAUAUAAGACUCUAUUCAUCACUAUCUCUUCACUUUCACACACAAACACAAGCACACUUAUUAAUCCCUUCCCACUACCUUCACUCACAUCUCCUCCAAAAGCAAAGAUGUUUGCACUGGGUAUCUUUUAAAGAGGAAUGCAAGAAGAUGCGCUCCAGUGUUACAAGCUCAGUUUUAAGAGAAAUCUAUCACCUUUCUUCACCUAAAUAAAAGGAUUACAGAAUCAUUAUUUUAAAUUGACAAUGUAGAUGGUACAAACUAAACUGUGAUAUAUUUUUCAAGAAAGAUCAACUCAACAAGAGCUGAAACAGGAGAAUUUCCUGUUUUAAUACUAGAGGGUAAAUAUCAUAAUGUUAACUUUACAGCGUGUGGUAUAAUGAUUAUGUCUGACAAACGGCAAAAUCUUGCAUUCCUUACACACACACACACACACACACACACACACACACACACACACACACACAGAGUUUACUGGUACUGUUAUUCAUGGAUUUGGCUCACAGACCCAGAAACUCUGGAUAAUUAAACUUACACCUCUGGCUAAAGUGCAAGUACAUAAGGCAUGGAAAUGAACUAUGGCUUGUGAAGGUGUUUAUGACUGUUUUCUCAUUCUCCCAUUUAUUAAUAUGCAUGAUCAUUUUUUGGCAUUGCUGGGCGAAACCCAGCCCUAAUUUACAGCCAGACAACUCUAUUGGCUUCUUUAGAGUUACACUUUGGGUAACAGAAGGAAGAAUCUCAUUUUCUGUGAAUCUGCUAUAUAGCUGUGAGCUAAAAUCAGCCUUUCUUCUUUUCACCGCAUCUGUACUCAAGCCAGGCACCUGGCUGGGUUUGUCCAUGUUUGUUAUUUCUCCGAUUAGCAUCAGAGUGUUUAGCACAGAUGCAAGAGAACUGCAGCCAAGAUAUAACUUACGUUGUUUCUAACGAUCUUACAGCUGCUCUCAUGAGCAGGAACAGCAAUGUCUUAACUUUUAUUUUAAACUGCAAUGCUGACAAGUGGCCCUUCCAAUCCACUUAAAUGCUCUUAGCAGUAAUCAGUAUGUUAUAGGCUGUACCUUUAACAUCCGAGCACACAUGGUCCUCUCUUCCUUUGCCUUCCCACAUUUUCAGAUUUAUGAUGAUAAUGUACAUGUUCUUCCUUCCUAUCUUGAUGUAGAGAUGCUUUGACUUUAUCCAAGCCUCUUUGUAUACAGCAAGGGAAGAGUGAAAUUAAUCCAUAAUUGAUACACUGUCAUAAAUGGAAAAGCAACCCUGUUGUUUGUAUAUUCCUUGUAAAUAUGUACCAAAUUAAAUGGCAGUUUUGUAGUGACGUGCUGUUUUGGAGAAAAGAAUCAACUAUAUGUUUGAAUAUGCUUAAUGUAACACUUAACUGUGAUUCAAUUGCACAAUCAAUAGCAUAAUCAAAAGUCUUGUGCAAUAUAUAGCACACGUACAUAACCAAGUAUCUGUUAGUGAUCCACCACCCGGAUUUUUGGCAAAUUUCACUUGUAUUUAUAAGCUGCACAGUGCGGUUUAUAACAGUCUUUUCAGCUUCCAAACAUGUAGCAAGCAAACUACUGUAUACGUACCUGUGUACUCCACUGCAUCCAAAGGUAUGCAUUUGUCUUGAGAAACUCCACUACAGAGUUUUCUUUAAUAAAAUUUGGUUCUAAACUA